AUGGAAGCCAUUGUCAACCCUCUUAAACCAGAACUAUCCCUUCGACUUGCAAAGCUUCAUCAAGAAAAACCACACAAUCCCAGCCGCAGUCAUAGCCCCAUUCACCAGGGUUUUCUAGCAAAGUCACUGAAUGAGGGGAGAAAGAAGGAACGGCGAGGCAAAUGCAAUUCUCAAUCCAAUUGGCCUCUCACGCCCUCUCCCAUAAAUGUGAAAUCAGAAAACGAGGAAUUCGACUUCGAGCAGAGGCUUGGCAUAAGAGUUCGUAAGGAUGUUCAAGAGAAUUGUUCGGUUAAAGACGAAGUCGAGAAUAGGGAUGAUGUGGAAUAG